AUGGCUUGGCUCCAGCAAACACCGGGUACGGGUGAUCGUGCCGCCUCCCCUACAGUCUUUGAGCAGCAGCGCGAGGAACUUGUCCGGGAGAUCGCAGUGGGCAUGGAGCAAGUACUUCAAAACAUGAACCGUUUGAAUCGGAAUCUAGAGAGCGUGAUUGCGGUGGGGAAUGAAUUUGGAUCUGUGGAAGCUCUAUGGUCCCAGUUUGAAAACUUUAUGGGCCGACCCGAAGAACAAGGCGUGGGGGCUGGCAACGGCACUGGGAAGCGGAAGGUCAGCGAGGAGAGUGAUGCGAGUAAGUCAGGAGUAAAGCGUGAAAACGACGAGGGUGACUCAAUAGUCAUGCAGUGA